AUGUUAGUCUUAUUUUCUUAUUUCUGCUCUUAUUGGAAAGUUGGCGUGAUUUUACACAUUUAUUGGUUUUGGUGUAUCAUCAAGAUGGUCAUCGGACUUGUUACUGCCGUUCGCAAUGGAUCACGAGAAGACUGCGAAGAUGUCCGCAGUGAGGAUGAAGAUGAUGGAGAUGAUGACGAACAAGAAGAAGAAGAAAAAAAAAAACAAGAAAACAAUAAAAAAGAUCAAUGA